GGACCAACACACAGACACAUACACACAGGCACACGUUACACGUGUGUGUGUGUCAUGCGCAGAGCGCAUUUUGGUAGUGGCAGCAAAAGAGACUCCACUUAAGAGUGAGUUAAGAGAGAGAGAGAACUGUUUUGGCCAUGGCCUUCUCGCGCCACAACAUCGAAAAGCGCCGACUCAUCGAGCUAGUUCGCCUCAAUCCCAUACUCUGGGACUGCCGCCUGCCCCACUACAAGCGCUCCGACAAAAAGAAGGCCAUCAAAUGGAACGAACUCGGACGCAUGUUCAACGUGAACGGGGAGCGAGUGCAGCGCACCUUCACAUCGCUCCGAGAGAUCUUCAGGCGGGAGCUGAAUCACGAGAAGAUGCUGGGCACCACGCGAUUCAAGUCCAAAUGGGAAUACUACGAUGCCAUGGCAUUUCUCAAGGAGGUCAUCAGGGAGCGCAAAUCUCGUGAACGCAUCAAGAACACUUCAGUGGAGUCUGCCGGCAACAACAACAACAACACAAACAAUACUAGCAACAACAACAAUACAAAUAUCAGCAGCAACAACAACAACAACAAUACAAGUAGCAACAGCAACAGCAAUAACAACAACAAUAGUGUGGUUCACGAUGAAUACCAAUAUUUUGCGCCCAGCGAUCCAAACAAUCCCAACAAUCAGCCAUUGAAAGCGAAUAUCGCAGCAGUUCCUCAGGCGCCGCCAAUCCUGCCCAGCAUUAGCCAGUUGCCCGUCGGGCUGCAGCAGCAGGCGCAGCACCUGCAGGCGCUCCAGCUGCAGCCGGACGUGACAUUGACAUCGCUGCAGAAGACGACGCCAGCCAUAGUUCUGCCCCUGUCGGUUGCACCAAUGCCGGCCACAUCGCCCGCUGCGGUGCAGCUGUACAGCAGUUCGCGUUCCUGCAGCAGCUCACCCUCCAUUUACAUCAAGGACGAGCCAGACUCGCCAGACGAGGCGGGCAGUCGGUCGGCGUUCAAGUCGCGCCAGAAACUGGCCACCAUACGACCGCAGACCAAGCAGCAGCUGAAGGAACGCCUACGGGUGGCCAAAGGGGGCGGCGGCAGCGGGCUUUAUGCAACGCCACCGCCGCAUCUGAUAAUCAGUACCAACAACGAGCUGAUCGACGUGGAUGCUGGUGACUUGGAGGAUGACGACGACGACGAUCUGGAGUACGACGAUGAUGACGAUGACGAUGAUAACCGGACGGCGUGUCCGCCCAAUGCCGGCGUUAAUAUGCUCGGCACCGACGGUCAACUCUCGCCUGGCAGCAGCUUCACUGGCGCCGGCGCGACAAGUGCGCGCCAUCAGCCUGGUCCCCGGGAGCUGCUCUACAUUAAAUUUGGUGACUUUCUUGCCGCACGACUGAAUACCCUGCACGAAACGGUAGCCAAUGAGCUGAUGAACAAGAUCCUACUGCUAAUUGCCGAGAAGUGAAGAGUGGAGUUUGCAGUUCGCCAAGUGAAUCGAGGGAUAUAAUCCGUUCUAGCUGUGUUAGCGACGGUUGCGUUGAACUGAAGCAAGCUGCAAUCGUCGAUUGUGGGCGUGGCUAAAUGUUAUGUAAUCUCGCUACAGCGUUUUGCAAUAAAUGAGUCUGUAUAUGUGCCAUAGAA